CUCACUUUGCCGGUCGGUCCACGAUAAACGAACUCGUCGCGGUCGUGCCCACCACCGAGCAAGGCAAACAUCCAACCAAGCGCGGGCCAGUCGACGACAAAACGUCAAGCGCGAAACAUCGGAAUAUCGGAAACGGCGGCGUAACCGCGAGUCUCGCCAACAAGUGAUACAACAGAGUGCGAACGGUGUGUGGUUAGGUGUUGGAAAAUAAAAAGUGUGUGCGAUAAUAAUAAUAGUGGCCCCCAAAUGCUUACCUUGCGCGAAAACAGAAUCGUCUUUGAUGUUCAUGUUCCGCAGCAAGAAGACGAACCUCAUUAGGCGCCUGGAGAAGGCCAGAAAACGUCGAGGCAAUGAAACCAGGCGUUCGGUUGAGGAAGAAACGGAAAUCGCCGUCGGAAAUAUUUAUAAAAAACUCCAGGAGAAUCAAUUAGAAAUGCUAUUGCGAGCCAUAGAUACGAGGGGUCACGAUUUGAGUAAUUGUGUUUUGUUACCGCGGACACACGGCAACGGCGACGAACCACACGUGUUGUUCUGUCAAAUGUGGAGAUGGCCGGAUUUGAGAAAGGGCACUGUACUGAGAAGGUUGCCGAUGUGUAGAUCGGCAUGUGAUCUUGUCUAUGAUUGCUGUAAUCCUUAUCAUUGGAGUAGAUUAUGGCAACCUGAAAUACCACCUCCCCCGUAUAGUCGAAUAAAUACGGAGCUAUUACAACCCGAAGAUAGAGCUCCAAAAGAAGUUCCUCUAGUUUGUCGAGAUUCCUUUCCUGGUUCGCUUACAACCAACGGAGAUUCUGUGAAUCCCCAAGAAUGGUGUAGGUUAGCGUAUUGGGAAUUAUCCAAUCGAGUUGGUCCGCUUUUUCCUGUAGAACGUCCGGAUGUAAAUAUAUUUGGAAAAGUAUCCCAUCCCGAUGGUCUUAGUUUAGAAACUUUAGCUCAACAUAGUUUUAGUCCUCCCAAGUCAGCCGUGGAAAAAGCAAGGUGUAAAAUUGGUUUAGGAGUAACGCUAUCUCGAGAAGGUGAUUGUGUUUGGAUAUAUAAUCGUUCAGACAAUCCCAUCUUCGUCAAUUCUCUGACUUUAGAGGACUCAAAUUAUCCAUUACCUACGAAAGUACCUGCCGAGCAUUGCCUUUGCGUCUAUAACCUCAAAAAGGCUGCUCAACAAAAUUUUGGAUGGAAUUACACUCAUCCUCAAAUAGGACCCGUCGAUCCGAAUUCCAUAAGGAUAAGUUUUGUGAAAGGAUGGGGUCCGAAGUAUUCCAGGAGAGAGAUUACAUCUUGUCCGUGUUGGUUAGAAAUCCUUCUAGCGCCCUGUAGGUGAUUAACAACCAUCUUAGGGUGCCUCAAAAGAAUGGUGGACUUUAAUUUUUGGAAGUGUACAAAAAACAAUAAAAUUGUGAUUUUUUAAAAGUCGCUUAACUAUUAAGUCUGAUAAAAAAUUUGCUUCGUGCACAUUGGAGGUGUAUUCCGUGGUCGAAUUGUUUACUUCCGUCCGGUUUUUGAAUACAGGUUAUCCCAACGGUGCGAAAAUAAACGUCUGAUUUAAAAUAUUUUCUCUUAUACAACAAAAUUCAGUUAUAUUAGAUCUGAUAUAUGAAAUUUCACAAAUAUUGUAAUCGAGACGUUUAUACGAAGUUUUUUAGGGGUUGAUUUGAAAGUGGGAUGCUUGGUAUAGGCCAGUUUAGGCUUUCCGAUAAUUGCACCAGAGGUUCGUUCUCUGUGAUUAGAAAUUCAGAUGGUCUUGAAAGUCAAUUUGAAAAUACAGUAGACUCUCUAACAAAACCGAUGUAUACAGAUCCUUUAAUAAGUCAAUAGAAUAAUAACAACAUACAGUAAUCUUUCAACGUCUUCCGUUGCAAUGACUUCACUUUAUCUUGCAACCGGGGAACAUUAUUUGUACCUAAAGGAUCAUCUUCGUGGUGAUCCAAGGCCUAUUGAGGAGUCGGGACAGGUUCUGGUUUUAGAUCAAAUUCCUUUUGGUCACUAUUUUCAUCUUUAUUCACAUGUACAACAUUGAGGAUCUACCUCCAAGGCUUUGAAAGUUUUCUUUUCACUUUAACAGUCAUGUUAGCUACCACUAAGACAAUAAUUCUUUCCAUUGAUAAUUUCCCUCUUACAUACUUUACUAAAUUGAAUUCCAAAUUUUCUUGUCAUCAGCAUAGGCCAAGUUCUGUUGAGCAGAGUGCCUCCCCUAUUAACUUCGAUGUUUCUGAUGACUCGUUCCAGUGUCAAUUUGAAGACGGUCUGAGAGAACUACUGUAUCAACGUUUUUGUAACGAGAUUUUGAGACGAUCUGGAUUUCCAAAAUAAUAUUGUUGAAGAGCUUUAAUUCACCAUUGUAAUUGUUCUUACAAAUAGGUUUAAAAUUUUGAGAUUGUCAUUUGAAAAUUUUCUUCUGUAUAAUAUAUAUAGAACGUGCCACUACAUCGAGGUUUUUUUUAUAUAUAUUUUUUUAUGUCUCUAAUCUUUUAUCAAACAUCACAACUAAAAAUUAACAUAAUAGUAAGUUCUACUAGAACAUCGAGAGAAUAAGUAUUUUAUUUAACAGUAUAAAAUUUAAAUUUUCCUUAUAUUUGAUUAUUAUCUUUCAGUAAAUCUGGGCAAGCUUGACAUGAAGCAAUUUCUUGCAAGGUCAAAAUAUUGCAAAUUAUUGAAUCUUGCAAGUUGUUCGAUACUAUGCAAAGCAAUUUCAUGCUACCAUAGAAGCUUACAACCAUCUAUAUGAUAUAGCAAGUGUUGCCUAAUUCGGUUAGUCUUCCAGUUUAAUUUCAAAUAUUCAACUUCUUCCUGGGAGGUGCUAAACUCCAGCUCUUAUACCAUUUUUUUGGUAACCUGUGUUUUUUCACAUUUUCCCAACUGCUUUCUAGUCUUUCGACAUAAUCAUUCCAAUUUCUAACCCAUAUCACCACAUCCUUAUGCCCCUAAGUUGGAAACAAGAAGUCUAUUCAGGCUCAGUAUGUAGAACUGAUGUGAUAGCUGGACAAUAGUUUGGACUGUGUAUUAAAAAAAAAUUAAUAAAAAGCAGCUAUACAUUAAAAAUACCAACUGUAAACUUAUCAUUUGCCAUAAGUUGUUGCAACUGUGCAGAGGUUGACUACCAGUGAUAUUUUAUCUAUGGGGGUAAUCUGGUAGAUGCUGAGCUGUAAGAAGAAGAAGAAGUAGGUAUAACCAGAUCUGGGUUUGCUCUAACACAUAUAAAAAACCGUAAAAAAAUUUGAUCUACUGAUGAAUUUUUUUUUAAAGAAGUCACAUGACUAAAAUAAGCCAUGGUCGUCAUAAAAUAGCAUUUUCAUUUUAGAAUAUUUUGUUUCUAACAUUUUCUUUUCAAUCAUCUCCAUUAUUGUUUUUUCGGUAUCAAUUAUCUCAAAUAUCUUAUGAAAUUUGAGCUUCUAUCGAUUGAGCUGAUGUUUCCUCUAUUCAUUCCCUCUUAAUUGAUUUUGAUACCCCAAAAACUGAUACUACUACAUAAAAUAGAGACAUAGUAUUGACACAGUUCUUCAGUUUUUGGGUAAAUUUCAGAAUACAUCACCAUAUAGUUACUUUUUCAGGAAUCGAUUAUUAAUUCAUACGAAAAGUAAAUAAUUGAAACUUGAAAUUUUGAAACAUUGAAGCCCUACUAGUUUACAUUAAUCUUAAUAGAUGUUUCACCAUUUUCUCAGUCAAAGUAUCAGUCUGUAUGACUUAAGACGUAUGUUGAAAUUCUACUUAUUAACUUCCAUGGCCUUUGUAUUCUUUAAGGCCACUGGAACUAACCCUUCCGUGUGGCUAUUGACAUCUCUUGAAAAGGAUUAGUAAAGAAAAUGCUUUUAAAAUGAAAAGUAAGCAAAAAAAGAUCACUAAUUAACUAGAAGUUGACCUGUUAUUUUCUAGAUUCGUUUAAGAUCACAAAUCUAAAGAUUCAUGGAUUGGUUCGUAUCACAAUUUUGAAGGUUUGAUGUGAUUUCUAUUAUCUGCAAGUUCUAAUUCUAGAGAAAAAUCUAAUUACUGGUUCAAAACUAAAUAUCAGUUAUAUCAGUUGACCGAUUGAAGUACUUUUAUGAAAUUAAAUCUUCUGUGGUAAAUCUAAAAUUCUUAUCACGAUUGAUUUGUUCUCUUUUAUUGUGGAUAAUAAGGAUAAAGUUACCUACGAAAAGUUCUACAAAUGGAAAGGAUCGAUUUUGAUCAGUGGUAGCCAAGAUUCAAUAUAUGCAAUAUUUUGUUGCACGUCAAGCAGAAAUAAGAAAAAUUUUAUAGAACAAUUCAAGAAACAGUAAAUUAAAAUCUAAUAAGGGUACCAGUUGGCAUACAAAUAAGAGGAUAUAUAAAUGUUUUUUGUAUUUACAAAAAUUACAUGAAACAAUAUAUAAAAAACGUUUGAAAAAUUAUUUUUUGUGAAAUAACUACUUAUAUAUUUGAAAUUGAAUAAAUUUGAAACAUAUAUAGUUAUCUCAUGAUUCCUACUUUUCUAAAUUUUCUGUAUAUAAUCGUCAUAUUUGAAGCUCGAUUUUGUAACUGAAUUACUCUAAAUAAUGACUAAAUUAAAAAAAAAUUGUUAUAAAUAUAACCUCUAACCUGACGUAAAAACUAUUCUGCAAUGUUCACUUAUUUAAUAUAGGCACACACAUUCACUAAAAAAGUUAUAAACACGUUUACAAAAUCACUAUAAACAAUUAUUCAUUGAUUUUUAAACAGUAUUUUUUCAAUUAAACAUUAAAUAAACACACCACUACAACACUUUGUUUGCCAACCGGUAGCCAUCUUGACGUUGCGCUUGUCACAGUUAUCUUAACCUAAAAAAGUUUCAACCUUUGAAGGUUUAUUUAUUUGUAUUUUGGUGCUUCGGAUACUUUUUGAAGAAUGUCUGUGUAGUCAGGGACCAUGUUUUUAAAAGCAUUUUAAUUUUUUUAUAUUUUAAUAUUUUUCAAAUGGGGUAAACAGGAAACUAAGAAUUUUUAAAAUUGGAUGUAACUGAAGGUGGUUAUUUGAGAAAAAUGUUCGUCAAUAAUAAUUCCAUAACCCAUAAUCACUGUUUGAUUCGUUAAAUAAUUCGUUACGUUUAAAAAAAAAUAUGUUGUUUUCCUAUCAGUUUUUUCAAGGUUAUUCAGCAUGUAGUAGAAAGAAUUGACAUACAAAAGUUGUUCUAUAUGGAUUAUUUACGAACAUUUUCCUAUAAAUUUGACCAUGUUUAUUAUUUCGCUUAUAAUAAACCAUAUUUUUAUUAUUCAAUGUGUAAACUAGUCAUUUGAGCCUUAUAGGCUAGGUCCAGCCAUAUUAUAACUCAUCUUACACUAUAAAAAUUUCAUCUGAAAUUUUUAGUUGAUCGAUAUAAUUGCAAUUGGAUUUUUAUAGUGUAAAAUGCCUUAGGUAUUUUUUUUCUACAGUGUAUAGAGUGCCUUUAAAUAAAUAAUAAUAUGCAAUGUAAAAAAUCGAGAAAUCUAAUGUACUAUAUUGUAAAAAAAACUUACUUUGUCUAUUAAUCCAAUAUACAAUUUUGUAUAGUAUCUUAAUAAUUUUAAAAUUUUGAGGUAUGCUUUAUGUAUGUUUGGUUAACUUAAUGUUUUUGUUUUUUUUUUUAUCUGAAAAGUCACAGAAUUCUUGGACUUUUCCUAAUAAUUUCAUAGAAAUUGAAAAGUUGCAAAUAUUCAAUAGCACUUGUUUGAAAUUACAGAAAGUUGAAUUGAAAUUCAUUAACAAAUUCGAGAUGUACGAACAUGAAAAUCAUUUUUAACAAUAAUUCGAACUUCACGAGAAACUGAUUAAAUAUCUUCAAAAUUAUACUGUAUUAUAUUAGCUUUGUUCGAUGUAGAUAUCCUGAACGUGUUCUGUCAUCAGAUUAAUGCACAGUUUUAAAUAGUGCGUUGGCGGUGCUAAUAAACCAUGUUCACGAUUUAAAAUCCUGUUUUCGUGGAACACAGAUUUCUAAUUCUGAAGGUAUUCUGAAUACGUCCAAUGUAUCCUUGCAUCUGAGUAAGAAUUUUCAAUCCGGCUCAUGUGCAUUCAUCCUAUUUGACACUAACUAACCUUUAACCUAUGUGUUUUUCUAUGUACUUGUAUUAAAAAACAUGGUAAUUAUAUAGUAAAGUGAAUAUUAUAUACAUUUUAUUCUCCUACUAGUUUUGAAUACAAAUUAUAAUUUUAGAUCUUCAUAAAAUCGUUUGUGAAGAAAUGUAUAAUCAGAACAAAGCACGCACAUUUGACACGUUCAGAAAUAUUCAGAAUACAUUUGGAAUGUGUUCAAAUUAUCUACCUCAAACAAAGAUAUUGAAAUAGUGAAACCUUUUGUCCUGUGUCCUAAUUUAUACCAUUCAAUAUACCCUUUUGUAUUUAAAAUAUGCCAUUUGUUAACAUUAAACCGUAAUUAGGGCGUCCUAAUUCAUAAUAAUAUAUUUAUACUGCUCUAGUAAAAUUUUAAUGUACUUCAGUAAUAUUUGCAAUUUUUUAGGGCGAUAUUUGGUAACAGUCUAAAAGACUUUAAAUUCUAUUUUAUUUAUGUAAUACUCACUUUUAGAUUUUUGUUGUUAAAAAUAUUAAGAGCUAGACAAUCAGAAUUCUAAAUCUAGAAAAAUGUGUAAGUAUUGUACAGAAAAAUUCUACAGCACUAAAAAAAGGAUAUUAUCAUAUCCUUCAAGUAUAAAUAAAGAAAUUAAUUUAUAUAUAAAAA